AUGCUGUCCGCGAAGCGUGGCGCACUGCUGUUGCAGGCGUCUCACAGGCCUGGCGAGGUGAUCUCGUAUAAAGCAGGCGACUAUCACCUCGUGCCCAAGAAGUUCACCGUAGGCAAGCGCAUCGCUGUGCGGUCGUACCUCGACCGCAACCGCACGGAGCUGUCAGACCGCACGUUCAUGCCGCAGAAAAAUUGGUUCCGCGCCUACGACUUGCAGGAGGAUCGCUUUCAUUGCGAUCACGAGCGGCUGAGCUACCGUUUCUAUAACCUCGAGACGAAGGUGAUUUGGAGGGCCUUCGACACACCCGAGUUGAUUGGCAUGUUGCUGCAUGAUGAGACGGUGAAGGGCAACACCGGCAUGUACGCGCCUGAUAUGCUUGACGCAGCUCUGCACUACACACGUGAGUCCCGCUACUGGCGCUGCAUCGGCAUCACGAAGCCGUUUUACGACCGCAACACACUGCGGGCGCACUGCUGGGAGGACAAUGGGCUGCAGGUAGGGACGCUCGUCAUGUCGCAGGCGAUGCGGCACGCACUGAUGGACCUGGAGCGCGCCGUGCGCCGCAAGGAGCUGGGCUUGGAGCCGAAUUACCUGUGGGACCGUUGGGGCCCGAUCGGCUUCAUCGACGGUGCCCGCGCCGACUAUCUGCCCAGAUUCGAGCAUAACCCUUACGUCGACCCCGACGGCGUCGACGUGACGGAGCUCGACGUGUUGCCGUUCAACACGCACGAGCAGAUCAGGGAGCGGUACAGAGACCUCAUCGAGCCCGACACAGUGCCGUUCGAGGAGGUCUUCCGCAGCCCGAGCCACGGGUCUCUCACGACGCUGGCAGACAUCCCAAAUGCAAGCGUGGCGGCUCUGUACAAAUACCUGAAGCUGAAGGCCGGAACGCCAGUCGCCGGCGAUGCCGUGGAGCUGGCCCCCGCCGACGUUCGCACGCUCUUCUACCUUAGCGCCAACCCGGAGUGGAGGGCCGUGGCCGACGGCAAGGCUUCCUGGGAGGAGGUCGUCGACGCCAUCCAGCCGGUACAGGUGGAGUUGGAUGAGAAGAUCGACGCUGCCAGACUGCUGCAGAACACGCGCCACAGCCCGGAGCGGGUGCGUGCGUUCUUCGAGGAGAAAUGUGGCUUUCACGACUUCAUGUAUACUCCAGACAAGACGAUCACGGCGGCGGUGUUGUGCUACUUGACGGAGCUGCGCCGCAUCUGUACCGAAACGGCGUGGGGUGCAGACCUGGCCAAGUGCCUGACCGAUGUGGAGCGAGUGCAGGUGAUGGGCCGCGAUGCCUUCAUCGUGUACCGGCACAUCGAGGACGCUAUCCUCGACAAGAAGCGGCGCUUGUGGGCCGGCCGUUUUGCAGGCGAGUCCCAUGAGGAGUCGACGCUGGACUACCUGCUCGAGAACUUUGGCCGCCGUGCAGAUCGCCCGCGAAACGUCGGCACCACCGGCGUGGAGUUCGACCGAGAGCAGGAGCCGAUCGGCCGCCAGGUGCAGAGGCGUGUACUGGACUCCGACAAGGCAAACAAGUUGGCCGAGGUUCGCCGCAGUCGGGGUAAGAUGUGGUCGAAGAAGCGCAGCGUGUUCGACGCGCUACAUGAGAAGCAGCUCCAGAACUUCAACUACGGUGUGCAUUGA